GAAUGAAUAAAACCUGUGCUUUCAUCACCAUUGGCUAUGAGCACAGAUUCCUACCUUCUCUUUACCUCUUAGUAUUCAUCAUUGGUCUGGUAACUAAUGGAUGGGGACUGAAAUCUUUUCUGCCAAAAUGGAAGAAACUGGGGAACAUCAAUGUGUUUGUUCUCAACCUUGGAUUUGCAAAUGUUUUUUAUCUACUCACACUACCAUUCUUGGUGGUGUAUUACUUUAAGGGGAGUACAUGGAUCUUUGGAGAUGCAUUCUGCAAGAUAACAAGAUUCUGCUUCAACCUGAAUUUAUAUGGUAGCAUUGGAUUCCUUACUUGUAUAAGUGUGUACAGGUACCUGGCUAUUGUCCAUCCAAUGAGAGUGAAGGGAAGAAUAACUGUCACUCACUCUGUGGCUAUCUCAGUCAUGGUUUGGCUGUUGGUGGGUGUUCAAAGUCUUCCAGACAUGUUCUAUGCCAAAACCCAAAGGAACAGAGCAAAAUGCUAUCAUACCACCACUGGAGCCUAUGUUGAGGAUUACCUGAAAUACAGCCUUGGAUGGACACUGACUGGGUUUUGUAUCCCACUCCUCAUCACCCUGGGCUGCUAUGGACACGUGAUUGUCGUUCUCUGUAGCAAAAAUACCACUCACAUGGAACUUAAACAAAGAAGCUUGAAGUUGUUGUUUAUUUUGAUCCUCCUAUUCUCUGUUUGUUACAUCCCUUACCAUGUAUUCAAGAACCUCACCCUCUGGUCAAGAGUUCUGGACAAACAGAAGAUAUGUCGUGAAUGGUCUAACGGAGUUUACAUCGCUCAUCAGAUAAGUCGUGGCCUUGUGUGUCUGAACAGUGCUCUCAACCCUCUGGUUUACCUCCAUGUGAAUGAAGAAAUUCCUGCUCAGGUCAGACAGCUGCUCCAGCGAGCUCGUCAAAUGUCCAACUGCUUGUUUCUGUCAAACCUACACUCUUCUCCUGUGGCUCAAACUGCAGAUGAAGAUUAACAAGAUUUAAGAUUUUAGUGUUAAUAUUUUUAUAACAAAUGCUUAAACAGCGAGCAUGGCGUAAGCUCAGGCAUGAACACUGAAGUCAUGCUCGUAGUAGCUGAUUGGCAUCAGUUGUUUCAUAUACUGGAAGAUAAUAUCCAGUCAUCUUCAGUGCAGUAGUGUGGGUCAUUGAAAUGUUCUUAAUAGUUUCUGGCAACAGUUGAGCUCUAUGGCACAGAGGAAAAGGAUAUAUCAGGCUUUGGACACAUAAUUGCUCGUAGGAGACAGUGAUUGUUGGUUUUUGUCUUUUCAAAGGAUUUGUUAACAAUAAG